GGCUAUCCCCCCGUCCUAUGUCGGCGACCGCGACGCCUCGACGACCGUUAUGUGGCGGUCACUUGUCCGCGACACCCUGUCGGCUCCAAUCAGAACACAUCAAAAUGUGCUGAUCGUCGUCAAUCGCGAUGCCAAGAUAUCUUGGCGAAGCGCCUUCUGGUAGCAUUGACCAGCCCGUCGCAACGCGUCUCAUGCCUCCCACUGCGCAGAUUCGGAGGGCCUGGACGCGGAGAUUGCGGCGGAGAAGAAGGCGCGGAGAUUGGUGUGGACGAUGGUUGUGCUCGGCGCGGACGGGGCGGGCAAGGGGACGUUGCUGCGGCAGGCGGAGCUGCUUGACAGCCCGCUCGACGACGAGCAGCGGGCGGUAUGGACAGAGGAGAUAAGGCAGUAUGUUGCGCGGCUGCGGGCGGAAAGCGCCGGCUCCGGCCCGGGCCACCCUGCAGACUACUUCCUCCGGGAGGACACGGUGUCCCGCAUCGCGGCCGUUGAUUAUCUCCCGACCGCAGCGGACAUCGUCCGGCUGCCCCCCGCCACGGCGCACCCACCCGUGCAGACGUACGUCAGCGCGCUGAUGCGCGACGCGCGGUUGACGGUGCUCCGUGCGCGCGCUGGCCAGCCGCGCAAGUGGCGCAUGCAACUGGAAGAGUGCCAUGCUAUCCUGUGGGUUGUGGAUUUGAUGAGCUAUUGUAGGACGGUGCGGGAUGCAGACACCGGCGAGUCCGUGAACGCGCUUGUGCACGAUAUGCGCCAACUGCAGGACCUCCUGCUCGAUAACCACCUCCGGCACGUGCCCAUCAUCGUCAUGCUAAACAAAUCCGACCUCUUCACGUCGCUCCCGCCCGCAUCCUUCGCCUUCCGCGCGCACUUCCCGGACCACGACGGCCCGGACACGCCCGCCGGCGCGCUGCGCCACCUUGCGCAGCGGUACCGCGCCGUGUGCGCCGUGGCCCGCCGGACCCGCGCCGCGGACGAGUACCUGCAUGUAUGCAGCGCGGUGGACGGCGAUGCGAUGCGCUUGGUUUUUGACGCCGUUAGGGACUCGCUCGUGCGCAGCAGGCUAUACGCGCCGGUGUGCUUUUGA